GCCUACAUAGGUUACACCAGCGUGACGAUGGUGAACGGCAGGCCGGUGGGACCUACAGAGCCUGUAACAUCUAGAUAUAUGCAAACAUCCCGCCGAAUGCAACCAGAUUCGCAGACCAAGAUCGUACGAGAACUUUUUUGCAUACACUGCGACUCAUUUCUGUCGCGCCGGGGUAUGCGCGCAAUUCUGCUGGGCGAUACGAACGUAGAACUGUUCUCUACGGACAUAGCUCCCAAGAAGUCUGUAGGAUUAGUAGGAGAAGACUACGUGACCAAAAAUUGCCUUUGCCGAAUCAAGGAUAUCGCCUGUCUAUGCUGCGGUAACGUUAUGGGUUAUCACGUCACCAAACCUUGCUCAACCUGCUUACAGGCAUCCCACAAUGGGCACUUCUGGAUGUUCCACAGUGAGAAUCUUCGCUACAAGGAUCGAAAGGACCCUGACAGCAAGACGACUAUGACAUGGGGGUCCAUUCCAAAUACAGUGAUGGAUCAAGAUGCGCCUUUGGUGUAUGAAAUGGACACCUCUACCCAAUUAAAACGAGAUUUCGAGGCGAUUCGGUAACCACUGGAACUGCAGCUCAAGCCUCAACCUGUAGUAAUAUCGGAGCCAAUCUCAGUUUCUAGAAAGACAACGCUAUUUUAAUCUAGUCAAGUACAUACACCACUUUUCACCUGCAAUACUAUCAGUCGUUUUGGGAAUUAACGGCACAAUCGCUUAAUUUUUCGGAGACUUCGGAGUUAAACUAUAGCGCUGUAGCUUGCAAUACACAAUUCUUCACUCGAGUCUAGUUUCUAAUCAUCAUACGUGCGAAAGCAAGAACUCCAGUUAGACAAAACUGGUCAUCCGCUUAGACUUUUCCUUCAACAAAUAAAAAACGUCUCCGACUAGAA